AUGAAUGAUGACAUAGAAAAAUUUAUUGCAUUCACUGAAAGAGAAGGUUUUGAUCAAAAUCAGACAUUAAAAAGUUAUUUUUAUCCGAUUUAUCACGAAUCUGAAAAUCCUACGUUAGUGCCUUAUUCAUUACUUGAACUGUGUUGCUACCAUGGAGCAAUUGAUUGUUUUAAGUUUUUAAGGACAAAAUAUAAUUCCAAAAUCACAGAUCAGUGUCUUUCUUUUUCGUUUUUAAGCGGAAACGCAGAGAUCAUAAAUGAAUGUUUGAAAACAAGAAAACCUGAUAAUUCCACAAUGCGAUAUGCAAUCAUUUCUCAUAACAUUGAUUUUGUUACAUUCUUGAGAAAUGAAUGCAAUAUUGAAAUUGAUUUGGAAUUUUGCGGAGAAUACAAUAAUCUUCAAGCAUUUUUAGUUUAUUUUGAUCAAACUAAUGAUGUUGACAAAUGUUAUUUGAAUUCACCUUAUUUUAAUAUUCCUUCUCUCUGUGAAUAUUUUCUUUUGCAUGGUGCGAAUAUCAAUUUGGAUAAUAAAGAUAAUCAAACUGUUAUUCUGUCAGCAUCAAAAAAUAUGAGCCCAGAAAUAGCCAACCUUAUUGUUUCAAAAAAACUUGCUAAAAUUUCAUUGGAAUAUUCUUUUAGAACACUUCUUCAUUUUGCAGCAAUUAAUAACAGCAAAAAGUUGCUGAAAUUCUUAUUCAGAAUGGUGCUGACGUCAAUGCAGCAGAUUAUUAUGGAUUGA